AUGGAGCCAUGCACAAGCGGUUGUGCACGCGAUCGCAGGGUAACAGCGCGUGCAGGUCCUGUGGUUAACGAUAUCGUAAACAUUCAACGUCAACGGCAUACAUCAGCAGCUAGACGCAAGCCAAUGUACGAAGCGUCAGAGGAGGAUAUGGGUUUCGGUUCGUUUGAUUGCAAUGACAUGACAGACGCAGCUGCAAUGCAUCGAUAUAAUACAGUUCAAUUAAGCAGAAGCAGUGAAGAUAAUAGCGUUUCUACACCGAGCGUUGAGAAUCUCGUCUCAACUUGCUUUUCUGUUCCGCGAGCUGUCAGUAUCCCGAGUAAUGGAGCUGAACACAAAGUACUCGUAUUGAUGGUCGACUUAGCAUGCUCUUUCACUCACGACUGCGUACCAUCUCGCUGUGCUUCUGCCUUUCUCUCUGCAGUAGUCACAAAUACCACACCUUUCCCCUUACCUCCUGGUGAUGCAGCAGUAUAUCUCAACAAUGGAUUUGUGAACAAGACGCAUCUUCGAGCUGUGCCACCUGGUGAGGAGUUCCGAUGCUCACUUGGAGUAGAUCCCUCCAUAAAAAUUGAUUAUAAAACACCAGUGAUAUGUCAGGAACAGAUUGGAUUUAUGUCAAAGAGCACCUUGAUCACCCACGAACAGGUCAUCUCUCUUCGUAACGCAAAAGUGACUCAAGCUGUACAAAUAACUGUCAAAGAGCAAAUUCCUAAAUCAGCUGAUGAAAAGAUAAAGGUGAGUAGGAGCGUAAUACCCAGUUGUAACAUAUUGGAUAGUGUUUGCAUUGUUUCUCCCGACGUUCGCACAAAGCAUGGGGAAGCUAAGCUCAACAAGGAUCACAACCUAGAAUGGACACUUGUUCUAGCGCCUGGGCAGCAGAGAGAUUUGUACAUUAAGUACACCAUUGAACAUCCUGCCUCAGAAUUAGUCUCCUUUAAACUUAUGGCGUAG